CGUCGUAUGGACAAACCGUCAGCAAAGUAAAAGUAGGGUUUCAUCCACCUCGAAGGGGAAAAGCGCACGGUUGCGCGUUGGUCGCGCGUUGGUCACCGGUCUGGCAGCCUCAGGCUCCACGCGCCCCACAGUAAAAAUUUCACGGAAGAUUCUCCGCUUCUUCACCCUCCAAGCCGACCCGGUCUUCUCUUCCUCUUUUUCUUUCCUCGUCUGCCCGAGCCUGGCAUCCCCGGCACUUUCAACUCCUUUGGUGGAUUUGACUGAUAGAUAUCACGGGAAUUCAACAUCUUUUUCUUCCUGUCUGCCUAUUAGCUGUAGCACCGCAGCGGACCACUCGCCCUCGAUAACGCCUUCGCCGGUGUCGUGUGCUCUGCUGCUAUUUGUGAUUACGUUUCCAUAGCACAAUAUCUAUCUCUGUUGCGCUGAGGCAUCAAAUGUCGAGAAGCUGGACUCGGUCUUCGUUCUCCCCAGCGCUACAUUUCACCUCAUUAGAAUAUUCGACCCUGUCAUGGUCUCCCUCGCCACCCCCUCGCGCAGCCCAGCGACGGUAUCCAGACCGACCAACCCCUCCAAAAUGAAACUUCCCUCCUCGCCAGCGUCCAUUUUGAAGAGAUCUAAAACCGAUACCACCACUCCCGGGCUGAAACACCGAAUGGAGGAAAUGGACCUCUCGCUCUCCCCGCCGUCCAACAGUCCGUCGCCGGACUCAACCCCGAGUCCCCGCAAACGACCUCGAGUACAAUUCGACAUGCGGCGGGCCACCCACGAUGGUCAACAAUCUAGGACGCCAGAUAAGAGCGCGGCCCUGGUACGAGAAGAAGUGCGCCGAGCCAUCCAGCGACAUGUCUCGGACGGCGGCAGCGAGGCGUAUGACCAGAUCAAGGAAGUGUUCACGGCGGACCCGCGCAAAUGGGACGAGGCCGGAAUCGAUAUACCUACACACACGUCUCUAAGAAAUCAUCUCAUGGGACUUUUGUCCAACGUGGCGGCCUUGGAUCGCAGUUGCAACGGGCUCGUCACGGCCGUGCUGGAAAGCCAGUGGCUCGGACGCGAUGAAUCGUAUGUUAAGCUAUAUAUCCGCUUCCUAGGUAAUUUGACUGCUGCUCAAGGAAGUUAUCUGGGUUCGGUGCUCCGGAUGCUCGUGAAACAUCUGGGCGAGCUUCCCAUCGGGAUAGGCAAACUGCCUGGCUACGCGCGUGUCCAUGCGAAGGAGCUGUACCCCCGUGUCCACAUGGCCCUUCGGCAUGUUAUGGGGUUGAUUCCGUCCAGCAGUGGGGCCCUGUCACCCAUCUUGUCCUCCGAAUUUCCCUCCGCCGUGGAUUCGGCCAAAGCCAAUGUCGCGUAUACUCACAACCUUCUCCGAGUGAUUGGGUAUGCUCCUGAAUUGCAAGCCGAGAUCCUCGCUCUCAUCACUGAAAAGCUCGUCAAGAUUGACGUUCAGAUCCAGGUCGACCUGGAAGAUAUUAAGGAGGAAGAGGAAGAAGGCGUCCUGCAAGAUGUCUCGCCCGAAGAAAUCAUGUACGCUGAGGGCGAGGACGAGGACGACGACGAUGACGACAACGACUCGCUCCUGAGUGAGGAUUUACUGGACAACGAGGCGCAACACAUCAAGACCGUCAAAGAUAACAUCCUCAAGCUUGAUGGCAUGAUUGACCUUCUCUUCGAAUACUACAACCCUGCGUUCACGACAGGUACCUAUGACGACCAGCGAAAUGCCUUUGAUAUUUUACUGAGCCAUUUCGUAAACAUCAUUCUCCCCACCUACAGAUCCCGACACACCCAGUUCAUUCUUUUCCAUUUCUCCAAGUACCAUCCGGAUUUGGCGGAUGAUUUUACGGUCAAAUGCACAACUAUUGUCUUAAACCGCGCAGAGCGGACCAUCACACGCCAAUCUGCCGCCGCCUACCUUGCUAGCUUCGUUGCGCGAGGCGCGCACGUUUCGGGAGUUCUCGUGCGAGAUGUGUUCGAUGUGCUGGGCACUCAUUUGAACGAGCUCCGCACCCAGUACGAGGCCACCUGCCGCGGACCGGAUCUUCGUCGCUACGGACCGUUCUACUCGACGGCGCAGGCGUUGCUAUACAUAUUCUGCUUCCGCUGGCGGGACUUGACGACCGCGGCGAUGGAGGACGACCAGGUGGACGAAAUGGACCUGGACGACAUCAACUUCCCUCCUAUGGUCAGGGAUGUGCUACACAAGGCCAUCCACUCCAAAUUGAACCCACUCAAGGUCUGCUCGCCGCCCAUCGUGUCGCAGUUCGCCCGCAUGUCGCAGCACUUGAACCUCAUGUACGUGUUCAGCAUCCUCGAGACCAACAAACGCGUGCGCAUGUCGUCGCAUCGCAACCUCUCGGCGCUCGCGGACCCUCGCUUCGCCCAAAUCGAACGUGAAACGCGUGCCGGCGAAGAACUCGGAUAUCAACUUGACGCGUACUUCCCGUUCGAUCCGUACCAGCUCCCUCACAGUAGCCGCUGGGUGAAGGAUGACUACGUCGAAUGGCGUGGUAUCCCUGGACUAGACGACCAGGAGGACUCGGACAGCGAAGCGAACGAUAGUGAGUCGGAAGACGAUAUGAGCGAGGGCACGGGAACAGACGAGGAGUGA